GCUCCUGGCUCCAGGCCGCUGCCCCCUCCCACCAUACGACUCCCGGGGCAGAGCUCUGGAUGCUGCCCACCUGGACGGAAUCCAGGUUCUGCUGCCCGCCUUUCCGAGUCUCCACUGUUUCAUCUGUGAAAUGGGAGUCGUCACGGGCACCAUCAUGCUGAGGGGUAGCAUGCCCAGUGCCUCAGCGCAGCCCAUCCGGGCCCCAUGUACCCCCACACUGCCCCAAACCUCCUCCUCCCGGGGCUUUGCAGCUGACCGCCCUGGGACCGCCCUGGGACCGCCCUGGGACCGCGGACACAAGCCCCCCACAGGCACCAGCCUGGGUGACUCCCAGGUGCCCAGGACUCUAUCCUGUCCCCCUCUGGUGGCAGAACCCAGGGACGCUGGGCUUGUGUGAUAGGCUGCCGCAGCGGCCCCUCCUCCUGCCCCUUACUCAUUAGCCACGCUGCAAAGUAGCAUGGGCUUGGCUGGGCAAGGCUGGCUGCAGGAGCGCUCAGGCAUGCAGGGUGGCCGGCAGCCCAGUCUUGAACUGGACAGCGUUCGGGACACGGUCCCCCCAGACCGAGGGGGCUGUUGCCCUGCCCUCCGCAGGCUGGUCCCUGUCGGCUUUGGGGCCGAGGCGUGGACGCUCUUUGCCCUUUCCGGACCCCUGUUCUUGUUCCAGGUGCUGACCUUCAUGAUCCACAUUGUGAGCUCGGUGUUUUGUGGGCACCUGGGCAAGGUGGAGCUGGCGUCAGUGACCCUCUCGGUGGCCUUUGUCAAUGUCUGUGGAAUUUCCAUAGGAAUAGGCUUGUCCUCAGCCUGUGACACCUUGAUGUCCCAGAGCUUCGGGAGCCCCAACAAGAAGCACGUGGGGGUCAUCCUGCAAAGGAGCACCCUGGUGAUGCUUCUCUGCUGCCUCCCCUGCUGGGCACUCUUCCUCAACACCCACAACAUCCUGCUUCUCUUCAGGCAGGACCCAGCCGUGUCCAGGUUAACUCAAGAGUACGUGCUCAUUUUCAUCCCAGCACUUCCGGCGUUUUUUCUUUACAGCCUGCUGGCAAAAUAUUUGCAAAAUCAGGGAAUCGUCUGGCCCCAAGUCCUCAGUGGCAUUGUGGGCAACUGCAUCAAUGGCUUGGGCAACUACAUCCUGGUUUCUGUGCUGAGCCUGGGGGUCAGGGGUUCUGCUUACGCCAACACUAUCUCCCACAUCCUGCAGACCAUCUUCCUCUUUCUCUACAUUGUGCUGAAGAAGCUACACCUGGAGACGUGGGCAGCGGGGCUUCUGUUCCUAGGCUGGUCCGGCCAGUGCCUGCAGGACUGGGGCCCCUUCUUCUCUCUGGCUGUUCCCAGCAUGCUCAUGAUGUGCAUGGAGUGGUGGGCCUACGAGAUCGGGAGCUUCCUCAUGGGCCUGCUCAGCGUACUGGACCUCUCCGGCCAGGCCAUCAUCUACGAAUUGGCCACCGCAGUCUACAUGAUUCCCCUGGGGCUCAGCAACGCCCUCUGUGUCCGAGUGGGGAUGGCCCUGGGAGCUGCAGAUAUAGUGCAAGCCAAGCGGUCGGCCAAGUCAGGCAUGCUUUGCACAGGCGGCACCUCGCUGAUUGUGGGCAUCGUGCUGAGCACCCUGAAAAAUAAACUGGGGCAUAUUUUUACAAAUGAUGAACAAGUCAUUGCCCUGGUGAACAAGGUCUUGCCGAUUUACACCGUCUUUCAGCUCUUUGAGGCCAUCUGUUGCGUCUAUAGCGGAGUUCUGAGAGGAAGCGGCAAGCAGACCUUUGGAGCCGUCGUGAACAUGAUCAUGUAUUAUGUCAUCGGCCUCCCACUUGGCAUUGUUCUGACCUUUGUGGUCAGAAUGGGAAUCAUGGGCCUCUGGCUGGGCAUGCUGGCCUGCGGCCUCCUGGGAGCUGCUGCGUUUGCUGUCUACACCGCCCGGAUGGACUGGAAGCUAGCUGCAGAGGAGGCCCAGAAACGUGCCGGACUGCUGCCGCAGAGCACUGACAGCACGGUGGCCACGGUGGCCACGGUCCCCCGACCCGGGCCUGCAGAAGCCGUCACCUCUUCAGUGGCCACGGGUGCCUCUCCUGGCAUCACCCUGACAAUGUAUUCAAGGCCCGAGAGCCACCUGGACCUCUUCAGGACUCCGGAGGCGGCCCAGGCCCUUCCAGCUCCAGCCAGCAGACUGUCAGCCAGACAGCUGGCCAUCCGCCGCGGGGCCACCCUGGGGGUGGCGUCAGGCAUGCUGACGGCCGGGCUGGUCGUCCGGGUCCUGACCACCAGACACUAGCCGAGCGGCUCGGAGACGGAAAGGAGGCCAAGGGUGGCCGCGCCCACAGGCCUCCACACCGGUGCCCCUACAACAGCACCCUGGGGAUCCAGUGCGGGUGGAUGUACACUUUGGACCGCACCUCAAAAACAAAACCUUCAGCCGGCACCUCGUGUGAUGUGACGGUUCUGUCGACCUGGCCUUCUCUGCUCUGCUCUUUAAGAGGACGUCAGCCAACCGGAGAGGGACAAUCCUGGGGUUGCUUCAAAUCGGGAGAUUUCAAAUCAAGACACAAUUUAAAAAACCAGUUACCCAAUUAAAAGCUACAUAUUUCCUA